AACUUAUCUCUAACUCAUUGGUUGAAAAAACUGCAUUAGCUUUUUCAUCCUCAACUCAAGGAAUGUGUAUAGAUGAACACCCUAAAAACUCUACUACAGAAGAACAACAAGACACUUCCAGGACUAAUGAAAAUACGAUUCUAAAUACUGAAAAUUCAAAUAGGAGAAAAAAUUAG